UGAUAAAAAAUCCCGCACACCCUCCAUCCAAACGCGUUAGUGUGUCGUUUUUUCGUAGCAGGCUAUGUCGUUGGGCAACGCAGGGCGAAUUGCUGUCUGUUGGACUGUUCUGACCGUGGGUGGCGUGUACGCAUUUGUGCUGUCCAAGAGAUCCGUUGAGAACCGGCGUUACGAGAGCAUGCGAGUGCGUGAGCGCAUGAGGAAAGCAAACCAAGGGGAUUACGACUCAACUGCAGCAUCGGACAGGCGAUUCGACUACUAACCGGUAGCACCCGCAUCCAGUCUCUAGAGCCCAGCAGAAAUAAACCCACAACA